UAGUUACCCCUCAGGUUCUGAUUAAAUAAUUUCCCCCUCACCUAUACUCGUUCCCCUUGCUUCACAAUACACAACGCUUCCAUCCUUAACACCUUAUCACACACUUUUUGUCCAUUCCUCUCUGGCCUUUAUCUGCUGAGUUACUCCACCACUCUGUAUCUUUUUUCCCCCCUGUAAACCAGCAUCUGCAGUUCCUUGUACCUCUGCUAUUUGCAAAUAUGGGUUAUCCGCAGUUUGCUUCUGUUAAACGACCUCAACAGAUUUAUUAAGAUGCUCUUAAGUUAACUUAGGAGUGUGUCUGGGGUUGGAUGAGAACCACGUGACCGCUUGGAGUUAUUGCCGAGUAAUUUCCGUUCGCUCUGAGCAAACUAGCUGGUUGGAGGAGGUUAGUUUCGCAGAGAACGCACUUUGAUACAUGUACUGGACAGAUCAGAAAGAGCAUGACACAAGCCUCGUAGAUCUAAUUAUGGCGAUAAGAGAAUUAAAAAUCUGCCUCCUUGGGGAUACAGGGGUUGGGAAGUCGAGUAUAGUGUGCCGGUUCGUCCAAGACACCUUCGAUGUCAAUACUCUGCCCACAAUUGGCGCAUCGUUUAUGACUAAGACCGUGAGUUGUGGGAAUGAGCUCCACAAGUUUCUGAUUUGGGAUACGGCUGGACAAGAGCGGUUCCACUCGUUGGCACCAAUGUAUUAUCGGGGAUCUGCUGCGGCUGUUAUAGUUUAUGACAUCACCAAUGAGGAUUCGUUCUACACUUUGAAGAAAUGGGUGAAAGAGUUGAAGGAGCACGGGCCUGAGAACAUCGUGGUGGCGAUCGCUGGCAACAAGUGUGACCUGGCAGACAUCAGGGAGGUCACGUUAAAGGACGCCCUGGAAUACGUCAAGUUCAUAAACGCAAUUUUUGUCGAAACAAGUGCAAAGAAUGCCACUAAUAUUGCUGAGCUGUUUGAAAGGAUCAGUCAGCAAAUUCCACCUCUGGAUCCCGCUCAGAUCAGCAGCAAUGGAGCAUUCAAAGUCGGAAGGCACACAGUACAAUCUAGUAAGCGUUGCUGCUGAGUUUUGCUGGAGAACAAGGCCAAGCAGCAGUAUAGAAUCAUCACCCUCGGACCAAGCAGUUAAACGGGGGAAAAAAAGAAAAACAAUACUUGUUUUUGUGUUAUUGUUUGAAUUAUUUCGCAGUCUCAAGGUCAGUUGCAAAUUGUUGGACUGCUGGCUCUUUCAUUCCAGCACACUGUUGACCUGCUUUCAUUAGGUUCCUGUAAGGAGUUCCACAGAGAAUAGAUGCACUAUGAAUGCCAGCAUUAAAAUGCCAGUUAUUCCCUUUGUUCAUCUUCAGAUUUCUUUUCUGGACUUUCUGCUUGCUUUCUGAGUGCAGUGAUUGAAGUUUUUUUUUAAUCCACUUUGCAAAUAUCCAGACACAAAUUAUGUUUUUCAUUUGCUAUGAUACUAAUUAAUGUGCCUGAUCUAAAGGUAAAUACUUUAUCUGUAAUGUUAACCUCAAUUUUAAAUGGCACUUUUUUAAGAUUUUCAAGAAUUACUAACUAAAUACACUGUCAAAGGCAAAAACUGACUUUGAACCUUUCUUAAUUAGUACAGGUGUCAGAGGUUAUGGGGUGAAGGUAGGACAAUGGAGUUUAGAGGGAGAGCUAGAUCAGCCAUGAUUGAAUGGCGGAAUAGACUUGAUGGGCCGAAUGGCCCAAUUCUACUCCUAUUCCUAAUGACGUUCCAUAUUUAAAAUCUGUUAAGAUGCAUGGCCAUAUAAAAAUUAAAAUGUAUCCUAAAAUAAUCCAGAGAUUAUUUGUGUAUGGCAAUGUGGUAUGAAUUUCAUAAAGAUGGAACAAUUACUUUUACUGCAAUCUGAUUUGAACUUGAAUGUGAAUAGGCAUCUGGAGAAAUUAUGUCAGGAUUUUUACUAGUAAGUGAUUCCUAUUCAACAGAAUGGAGUUUCGUUGUUAGUAAGGAUACAUAGUUUGCCCAACUCAUUGAAUAUGUUCCUAUACUAGAAGUGGCUGGUCGAUCCCCAAUAUGUAUCAGUGGCUUCAGAAGAGAAGUUUAGAAGAGAGUGUGGGUGGGUAGGUUGAUGGAAUAUAGUAUUAAUGGACACAGUCUUUAUGAAUGGGAAAAAUAAUCACAUCUUAAUUUACAAAGAAGUAGUAGGUUCAAAAGAUGAAACAAAUAAUGCUCUAAGUACAGAUGGCUCAAUGUGUUCCAUAUGUUAAAUCCUGAACCAUCUUCCUAACACCAAAGAAACAUGUUCCCGAUGUUGGGGGAGUCCAGAACCGGGGGCCACAGUUUAAGAAUAAGGAGUAAGCCAUUUAGAACACAGACGAGGAACCACUUUUUCUCACAGAGAGUUGUGAGUCUGUGGAAUUCUCUGCCUCAGAGGGCGGUGGAGGCCGGAUCUCUGUAUACUUUCAAGAGAGAGCUAGAUAGGGCUCUUAAAGAUAGUGGCGUCAGGGAAUAUGGGGAGAAGGCAGGAACGGGGUACUGAUUGUGGAUGAUCAGCCAUGAUCACAUUGAAUGGCGGUGCUGGCUCGAAUGGCCUAUUCCUGCACCUAUUGUCUAUUGUCUAUUGAGGCAGAGGAUUCCACAGAUUCACAAUUCUCUGAGUGAAAACGUUUUUCCUCAUCUCCAUUCUAAAUGGCCUAUUCCUUAUUCUUAAACUAUGGCCCCUGGUUCUGGACUCCCCCCACCAUCGGGAACAUGUUUCCUGCCUCUAGCGUGUCCAAUCCCUUAAUAAUCUUAUAUGUUUCAAUAGGAAUCCCCUCUCAUCCUUCUAGAUUCCAGAGUAUGUAAGCCCAGCCGCUCCAUUCUAUCAACAUAUGUCAGUCCCACCAUCCCGGGAAUUAACCUCGUGAACCUACGCUUCACUCCCUCAAUAGCAAGAAUGUCCUUCCUCAAAUUUGGAGACCAAAACUGCACACUAUAACUGGCUAUUCUUGAGGGCCAGUUGAGUAUGACUGCUGAUUUUGUCCAAGUUGGUGUUGAACUAUGAAUAGAUUAUUGAUGCAGACCUAUAUUUGGAUCUGGAUUGAAACUGCUCCAAACUGAUUUUGCACUUGGCCUUUAUCUUGCUAAAACUUGAAAGAACCAUUCCAUCCUACAAUCCAGGUCCUUCCAAUGACACUGAAUGGUUUGCUUCUCAAAGGUAACUGGAUGAAAUUUUGGAAUAGCUAGGUAAGUUUACUUUCAAUAUCAUUCUACCUUGAAUCAUUACUUUAAUUAACAUAAUAUAAUGGUCCUACCAGUUUCUGAAUCAUCGUGGUGUACCAUAAAUGCCAGCCAUUAAAUUAUGUUAAAUCAAGUAAUGAUUCAAGGUAGAAUGAUAUCGAAAGUAAACUUAACUAGUUAUUCCAAAAUUUUAUCCAGUUACCUUUGUAAACUGGAGAGUGUAAACAUAUCUCCUCCCUUUUCUGUUUAAUUUCCAUUAGCUUUCGCUAAGUAGGCGGGUGUGAAUCAGAGAUUGACACCGUGCAACACCUUCUAGAGAUCAUUUGGUCAUUGAAGUGAUUGUAGAUCUUCCUCAGCAUUUAAACUGGAGAUUUGUUAAUGAACUCUACAGACCCUGAACCUGGAAAUGUGAAUUAUGUUUGCAAGUUAUACAGGUAAGAGCAAACUAUGUCCUCUAAUUCCUGAUUCUCCACACUGGGAAAAAGACUAUGCAUUCACCCUAUCUAUUCCCUUCAUGAUUUUAUGUACCUCUCAGUCUCCUGCACUCCAAGGAAUAAAGUACUAACCUGUCUAACCUCUCCCUACAACUCGAGCCCUGGCAACAUCCUCAUAAAUCUUCUCUGCACCCGCUCCAACUUAAUGGCAUCUUUCUACAGCCUCAUUGAUGUGUUGUAUAACUGUAACAUAAAUGUAUACUGCAACAUAUCUUGUUGUAUAAUUAUUGAAUCUUUGCUGCCUUUGAUUUCUUUAACUGUCUUGAUUUGAUAUCAUGUAGUCUUUCAGAAUGAUGACUGAAUGUUAUGGUUCUCUGGUGUAACUUUGUAUAAAAACAUCCCAACUAAAUUUUGAUUUUGAUGCAUUUGUAAUUAUAUAGAUAGUGCAAAUGAAUCUGCAUGUUGCUCAUGUGACAUUGGAAAAUGUGACUACCAUUGUAAAGGCAAAUCUAUUCUCCGAAUCAAUCAGUUGCGAUUCAAGAAUUUAUUUUCACAUACGUCUUCACCAAUAGGAACAACAAUGUUUUUGGUGACUUGACACAGCUGGAAUAGUUUAGGUAUUUUGUCAUUCAAGUGUAUCUUAUUUUAUGCCAAAUAUAUUUUAAUUUUUUUUAGAUUGGGCUGGCCCCAUGUAGAACAUGCCGAUUGAAUGGGUACAAUGUCUGUGUUACUCUCUACUAAUACUGUAUAGUACGACUAUUGAAAUAAUGAUGUGGCUUAAGAAAUGGUGCCUUAUGGCCAGAUAAGCAGUUUUAAUGUACCUUUAAUAAACAAUAUUUCAUAACAAUCAAAAGUAAAUGCUUUAUUUCAUCACCUUCAUUUUCUAGAUGAUCAAUACACUACUAUAUGGGAAGAAAGUUACGAAUCACCAAACAGGUUUAGAAAUGUAAUGAUAAUUAUAAAUCCUUACCACACCUGGAUUAUGACACUUUCUAUUCCAAAGAAAGACUUGUCUACUGGAGGUCAAACAAAUUGAUCCCUGAAUUCAAAGGAUAAACAGAACAGAUGCCUUCGCAGGAAGCUAAUGGUCUUAUAAGGAGAAGACUGGAGAAAAAAACCCUUAAACUCUGCGAAUAGUUCGGGUUUAGCAGACACAAGAAACUACAGUUGGUGGAAUUUUGAGCAAAACACAAAGUGCUGGAGGAACUCAGUGGGUCAGGAGCAGGAACUCGGUGGGUCAGGAGCAGGGUUUGGGAACAGCUCCAUCCUGGAAUGCCAGAAAUUGCAGAGAAUUGUGGACGCAGCCCAGUCCAUCACACAAUCCAACCUCCCUGGCAUUCACUCCAACUACACUUCAUACAAGGCUACCAACAUAAUUAAGGAUGAGUCACACCCCAGACACUCCCUCUUCUCCCCUCUCCCAUCAGGCAUGAGGUACAGAAGUGUGAAAACGCACAUCUCCAGAUUCAGGGACAGUUUCUUCUCAGUUGUUAUCAGGCCACCGAACCAUCCUUAUCUCACCAACUAGA